AUGAGGGCUCUCAUCCUCACGAAACCACCUGGCACUACGACUCCCGUCCUCUCCUUCACCACAACUCAACCAGUCCCAGUCCCCGGCCCAGACGAACUCCUAGUACGCAUUCACGCAUCGGCAAUCCAACCAUCCGAUCUGUUAAAUGCGCGAGGCGAAUUCGGCACUACCACCUUUCCGCGAGUUCCCGGUCGCGACUUUUCCGGUGUCAUUGCCUCCGGCGACCAACAAGGAACACCCGUUUUUGGGUCAUCAGGCUCAACUCACGCCUUCACCGUCGAUGGCUUCCAAGCCGAGUAUGCCGUUGUCCCCGCCAAGGGAGUUGUGGGCAAACCCGACAGUCUAACUCAUGUUCAAGCUGCCACACUCGGCGUGCCCUUUACCACAGCAGCACUAAUAGUUGAGCAGUCGGGAGCCAAGGCCGGAGACAAAGUCUUAGUUCUAGGUGCGAAUGGAGCCGUAGGCAAAUGCAUAUGCGUGCUGCUGGAAGAACAGGGCUGUACUGUUCUCCGCGCAGUACGCGGACCGGCAGGCGAUGUCGACACCAAGGCAGAUCCGGACCUGAGGACGGUGCGUAGCCUCGCCCCGUCUGGUGUCCAUGCCGCUAUUGAUACUGUUGGCGUACCGUCGCUUACACGCGCGGCUGUCGAGGUUCUGGGUCAUGGUGGGCGUCUCGUGUUCAUCACUGCACCUCGUGGCCCUGAUGCGAAUAAGGAUUUGUCUUUUGAUAUGCUAGGUUUCUACCGCGAGGAGAAGAGCAUUGUGGGUGUGAAUUCUAUAUCUCACAGCAGUGUUCAAAUGGCGGGUUUGCUGGAGAAGCUGGAUCCAAUUUUUGCAAGUGGGCGGUGGAAGCAGGCUGUCUCGUCGGACUAUGAGACGGUACGGAUUGAAGAUGCGGUGGAGGCGUAUGCUAAUCACCAUGGAAAGAAGUUUGUCAUUACUAUGAAUUGA